AUGCGAAACACCAACGGGAUACCACUGUGUAAGCAUCUAGCCGCCUGUCUGGAAGAGCCAGUGACUGAGAGAAGCAACAAAAAGACUACACAAAAUGUUGGCCAAGAGGCGGUGGCCACGGGCCCAGAGAAAGAGAGGAAUUGGGCCGAAAUUCCAUUCGAAGGAAGGCUUAAAAACGGGGAUUCGGCUUGGUCCCCAACCCAUCCCAGCCCCCUCUUCUAG